AUGCAUACGAAUAAUGACAUACCACCAGGAGCUGUUAGAUCUAGAAGCACUUCAGGUCCACCCACACCACCAGGAGAUUUUGGAUCUACAAGUGCUUCAGGUCCUGUCAUGCCACCAGUAGCUGUUGGACCUACAAGUGCUGGAGCUGCAAAUAACUACACCCACAUGACCCUAGAAGCAUUAAUGAAUGCUCCCUCCAGAGAGUUUCAGCCACAUCUGCAUCCAAGAAAACUCAAUGGGGCUUUAUGGCAAAUGGUCGAGUUUGGUCUUGAUGAACCACCGCCUUACAUCAAUCUCGUGCGGAAGACACACAUGCGAUCAGAUAGAUGUUUCAUUAAUGGUAGAUCUGAGACUCUUGUCCUUGAACACAGUAUGACAAGUCAGGGAGAGUAUACAGAAUUGGCAGUGUGCAGGCGAAAUUUCAUUUUGACCAAGUCAAUCCAUGCAUCUCUUACACACAGCGUGGACAUGGACAUGCGUAUCUCCAGUUUGGAGGCUCGUUCUGAAUCUGUCAACAACAAUGUUGAAACUCUCAAGUCAAACAUGACUGAAUUUAAACAAGAUGUGGUGGCGAUGAAGGGUGAGUUGAAGGAAGAGUUGGCCACGGUCAUGAAUGAAAUCGUGGCCGUACUAAAUGUAUUCCUACAAAAGGUUGAAACCACUCCUCCUCCUCCUGCUGCUGCCCCUACGCCUUCUCCUCUUUUUGCUAAAGCCUCUACACAUUUUUCUCCUCUUGUUAAGACCACAAACCCGACUCAAGAACAAUCCCCACUAGAUAAGUGGUGUGCUGCUUUAUUAGGAGAGUAA